UCUCUUCAGCACAUGGCGGCGAUGAGACAGAGGAAAAGGUAAACAAACACUCCACAAAGCACCGCAUACCGCUCUCGGGGCCCUCACAGCCACCACACACUUGCCACACACCUGCCAAGUGGGGGCUAGGUGCAGCGGGGAGCGGCGCGCCCUGGGGAGGGAAGAGGCGCCCCGUCCUGCCCCACGAGAGCUGGAAAUAAGGAAGAAGAGGAGACAGGAAGAAAGAAGGGAGAAUUUGAGGAAGACGAUAUAAAUUAAAAGAAAGAAGGAAGAAAACAGAAAACAAACAAGAUGAAGGAGAAGAGAAAGGAAUAAGGAAAAGCAAAAAGGGUACGAGAAGAGGAACAAGAAGAAAAACAAGAGGGAGAAAGAAAAGAAGAUCAAAUACUGAAAAAAAUAAGGAAGAGGAGAGAGAAAGAGAGAGAGAGAAAAAAAAAAACAGUUAGAGAAGGAGGAUUAAUAACAAGAAAAUAACAAUAACAAAGAAGAAAUGACAAGGAAAAGAUAAAAGAGGAGAGGAACAAGGAGAAAAAGAGCAAGGACACACACACACACACACACACACACACACACACACACACACACACACACACACACACACACACACACACCACAAUGAAGGAGCAAUAUAGAGAGACAGAUGUGGUUCGUAACAUCACCAACAUACAGUUUGGCGUGCUGUCGGCUCAGGACAUGCAGCAGCUGAGUCAUGCGCAUGUGGUGUCCUCCGAGCUGUACACUGUCCCCGCCCUCACCCACAAGCCGGCCCCCCAUGGCGUGCUGGACCUGCGGAUGGGCACGAGCCAAAAGGACAUGGCUUGUGAGACCUGCUCUAAGAAUCUGACAGACUGCACGGGUCACUAUGGCUUCCUGGAUCUGGCACGGCCGGUCUUCCAUGUGGGCUACUUCAAGAAUACUGUGCACAUCCUUCAGAAUAUUUGCAAGACCUGCUCUCAUGUUCUUCUGAAACCAAAGGACAAACCAGGCAUGUGUGAGCAAGCUAAGCGCAUCACGUCGUACCUACAGAAGAAAGCCCUUUACAAACGCGUCAAUGAACUCUGCAAGAAGGUGUCCCUCUGUCCGAACUGCGGGGCGACGAAUGGUGUGGUCAAGAGACUCCCUCCGCUGAAAAUUGUGCAUGAGAGAUUCAGAAAUGUGAAGAAAGGCGACCCUGUUUUGACUGAGUACUUUGCACAGUUUGACACAGCCCUGGAGUACAACAAGGAGCUAGAGUCACACCUUUCCUCAAAUGUGGUGGAGUUUUUGAACCCAAGUCAAGUUUUGGACCUGUUUGAAAAGAUCCCAUACAGCGACCUGCCCCUACUGUGCAUGAACCAGCAGUUUUCUCACCCUAAGGACCUCAUCCUCACCCGCCUGCUGGUGCCCCCGAACUGCAUCCGGCCCUCCGUCAUCUCUGAGCUCAAGGCUGGCACCAAUGAGGACGACAUCACGGUGAUGCUGACGGAGAUCAUCUUCCUCAACAACCUGAUCAACAAGCGCAGCGCUGGCAAGGUGCAGAGCAUCCAGGACUCCUGGGAGCACCUGCAGCUGCACGUGGCAUUCAUCAUCAACUCUGAGAUAUCUGUGCCCCUCGACCUCAGCAUGGCCAGGAAGUCAACGCGGGGGUUCGUUCAGCGGCUGAAGGGGAAGCAAGGCCGUUUCCGUGGCAACCUUUCGGGGAAGAGGGUCGAUUUUUCCAGCAGGACUGUAAUCUCGCCCGACCCCAACCUAAGGAUCAAUGAGGUGGGCGUCCCUAUCGAGGUAGCUAAACAGCUGACAUACCCUGAGAAGAUUACCACCCACAAUAUGUCCCUGAUGCGGCAGCUGGUGAAGAACGGCCCUGACACACACCCUGGGGCCAUGUUUAUUGAGCCCAGGUCUUCCCCAGGACUGAAAAAAUCCUUGAGAUAUGUUAACAGAGAAAGGACAGCCAUGGAACUGAGACAAGGGGAUGUGGUAGAGAGACACCUAAUGGACGGGGACAUCGUGCUGUACAACCGCCAGCCGUCCCUGCACAAGAUGUCCAUUAUGUCCCAUCGUGUCAGGGUUCUUCCUUGGCGCACGUUUCGCUUCAAUGAGUGUGUGUGUGCACCUUACAAUGCCGACUUCGAUGGGGAUGAAAUGAACCUGCAUGUGCCACAGACUGAGGAGGCGCGCGCUGAGGCCCUAACACUCAUGGGGGUCACAUCAAACCUCAUCACACCUCGACAUGGAGCUCUGAUUGUCGGCGCCACGCAGGACUUCCUUACCGGGUCUUACUUAUUGACACAAAAGGAUGUGUUUUUUGACCGAGAGCACGCCUGUCACCUCAUCUCCUCAAUAUUGGCGGGGAAAGAGACCAGUUACAAGAUUGAACUGCCACCCCCUGCCAUCCUGAAGCCACAGCAGCUCUGGACAGGCAAGCAGGUGUUCAGCGCAAUCAUCCGUCCCAGCAAGUUUUUCCCCGUGGAAGUUAACCUCACAGCACGGAGGAAGGACUACACAAGAGGCGAGGAACUGUGCUCAAAUGAAGCCUGGGUCGUAAUGCGGAACUCACAACUCCUGGCGGGGGCUCUGGACAAGUCUCUGCUAGGCUCAGGAUCAAAGAAGAACCUUUUUUACGUCAUCCUGAAGGACUACGGGAAGGAGCACGCAGCCGACGCAAUGUGGAGAGUGGCAAGGGUGUCGACGCUGUUUUUGAUGAAUCACGGGUUUUCUAUUGGCAUUGGGGAUGUGAUGCCGGGUGCAGGACUGCUGGCCAGGAAACGGGAGCUGUUGCAGGAUGGGUACGGCAAAUGUGACGAGUUUAUAUCUCAGCUUAAGGAGGGCACACUGCACUGCCAGCCGGGUUGCAGUGCCGAGGAGACCCUGGAGCAGCUCAUCCUGAAGGAACUGAGCACCAUUAGGGACAAGGCAGGCAAGGCGUGUGUGAUGGAGCUGCACAAGACCAACGCAGCCCUUAUCAUGGCCAUCUCCGGCUCCAAGGGAUCGUUUAUCAAUAUUUCCCAGAUGAUUGCCUGUGUGGGUCAGCAGGCCAUCGGGGGCAAGAGAGUGCCUAAUGGCUUUGAGGACCGAGCCUUACCGCAUUAUGAGAGGCACUCCAAGAUCCCGGCAGCCAAGGGGUUCGUCAGCAACAGUUUCUUCUCCGGCAUGACCCCCACAGAGUUUAUCUUUCACACCAUGGCAGGCAGGGAGGGGCUGGUGGACACUGCCGUCAAGACCUCAGAGACUGGGUACAUGCAGAGGCGACUUGUCAAGAGCCUAGAGGACCUGUAUGUAGCCUAUGACAUGACGGUUCGUAACUCAACGCAGGAUAUUAUACAGUUUAAGUACGGCGGGGACGGGCUGGACCCCUCAGAGAUGGAAGGCACUGCUGGUCCAAUCGAUCUAGAGAGAGUCCUGGACCACAUCAGAGCCAAGAGCCCCUUCCCAGAGGAGGACCCCCUGACCGGUGCUGAGAUCCUGCAGCUGGCCACCAAGUACCUGUCAGAGGAUGCCUUCAAGGAGCUCUCCACUGAAUUCAAGGGGGAACUGAAGAGUUUUAUGGAGAAGUUUUCAAAAAGGGUGGAUAAGAUCCGUUCCCGACUGACCCACACCACCGCCACCACCACCACCACCACCACCACCAGCAAGCCCUCAGCCCAGGCACCUGUGGAGAAGCAUGUGGAGCGUCUCACCUUCACCCAGCUCAUCGACUUCCUGAACUCCUGCCUGGACCGCUACCAGGCCGCUGUGGUGGAGCCUGGCACGGCGGUGGGUGCCCUUUGUGCCCAGAGCAUUGGGGAGCCUGGCACUCAGAUGACACUCAAGACUUUCCAUUUUGCUGGGGUGGCUGCCAUGAACAUUACUCUUGGGGUGCCGCGCAUUCUAGAAAUCAUCAACGCGUCACACAGCAUUUCCACACCAAUCAUCACAGCGAAAUUGAAAGAGGACAGCGACCCAGAGAAGGCACGGCAGGUGAAGGGGCGGAUCGAGAAGACACUGCUGGGGGAGGUGUGUGAGUAUGUGGAGGAGGUGUUCCUGCCUGACGACUGCUUCCUUCUCCUCAAGUUGGCCGUGGAUCGCGUCAGGCUGUUGAAGCUGGAAGUUGACGCGUAUUCUAUCAAGUACGCCAUCUGUACAUCAAAGUUAAAGGUGAAGGACGGAGAUGUGCGGGUGGAGUCGGACACCAUCAUCACUGUCCGGCCAUCACGCACCAAGAGUUCUGCCAUGUACUACCAGCUGCAGCACCUCCGCCAGCACAUCACCAGGGUCAUCAUCAAGGGUCUCCCCUCUGUCAGCCGUGCCGUCAUCAACCAGAGCGACGCUGGGCCAGGAGGGAAACAGAAAUACGAACUACUUGUAGAAGGAGACAACCUGAGGGAGGUGAUGGCGACCUACGGAGUUGACGGGACUCGCUGCACCUCCAACAAUACCUAUGAAGUGUUCACCUGUCUGGGCAUUGAGGCAGCGAGGGCCACCAUCAUCCAUGAGAUCACAGUGACGAUGGAGACGCACGGACUGAGUGUGGACAAGCGGCAUGUCAUGUUACUGGCAGACUUAAUGACGUGCCGAGGCCAGGUCUUGGGGAUUACACGUCAUGGCUUGUCUAAGAUGAAAGAGAGUGUGUUGAUGCUUGCCUCGUUUGAGAAGACCGCAGACCACCUGUUUGACGCGGCCUACCACGGGCAGAGCAACCCCAUCAAUGGGGCGUUGAGUGACUGCAUCAUCAUGGGAGAGCCAAUGAACAUAGGCACUGGGGUGUUCAAGCUGGUCCACCACCACCGCAGAGAGGCAAGACCACCACCCAGGAAACUCAUAUUUGAUCAUCCAGAAAUGCAAUGUACCUCUCUCUCUCUCCUUGUCAUGAGAGGGAGAGGGAGUAGGAGCCAAGAAUGUGUUCCUCUCUCUCUCUUUCCUGGUUGUGAGAGGGAGUGGGGGGUGAGUCCCUGUCAGGUAGUUUGUUGUGGGUGUGGCCUUUAUCAUUAUCAUCAUUGUCACUAUCUGUUAUGUUGUUAGGUAUUGUUAUUGUGUUACUAUUACUUUCCACCAGGGACUGAGGGGGCUGGGUAUGUGUGUGUGUGUGUGUGUGUGUGUGUGUGAAAGGAAAACCACCUCCCAGUUUUGUAAGAAUGCUAUUGAAUCUUCCUCCAUUGUUGGAAGAGAAUGGCUGGGAUGAGUUUGUUAUUAUGAAGACAAUAGAUGAGUGACACAUGCGCACACACACACACACACACACACACAGAGGAAGUGCAAAUAAUGUGUGCGUUUGCUUGAAUGGACAAACACCUUCAUUAUUCACUGUGUGAGUGUGUGUAUGCGUGUGUGUGUAUGUGUAUAUGUGUGUGUGUGUGUGUGUGUGUGUAAAGUCAGGAAUGUUAUUAGUAUUUUCAAGUAUACAGUCUUCUUUUGCCUAAGUUUGUUACAGCACAGUGGUGAAGUGACUGGCUGCACCACACACCACCUCUGAGUUAGAAUGGUAUGGAAUUUGUACAGUUGAGAGUGGCAGUAUUAACCCUUUCAGUGCAAUAUGCAUCACUUCACAAUACUUAAAGGAAGGUAUGAAAUUCUGAUAGGCAUCUACAAGAGGCAUCUACAAGAAAGAGAAAAAAGAACAAAUUUUGUAGUUUGUAGCUGGUGUAGUGUUGGAUGUGGGCUGUGGAAGAAAUAUGUCAGAGUGAUUAAGGGUUAAGGAAAGAUGUGCCAAGCUGUGAAGAAGUUAAGGAAACUAGCUUAGUAAAAACUCAUGUGUGUGUGUGUGUGUGUGUUAGUCAGGGUUCUUUUUACCAGAGGAUAAACACUUUUCUAAGCUGUCAUAGUAGUUCACCAGUUCAAUAUUUCACACAUUUCUUAUACUAGGUUAGUUUUCCCAGCAGUACAAGUUGGUGGUGUGUGACGUGUCCUGGCAGCACUCCUGACCUGAGGCAGCGGCUGGGAUACGCAUCACACAGCCAGCACACACCACUCACACUGUGCAAGUUUGAUGUCAUCCCAGAAUUGGUGUGGAGUGUAUAUCAGCCAGUUUCUGCCAUUACUGUAUAGGCAGUAAUAGUAGUAUUAGUAGCAUUUUCAAGUGUAAAUAAUACAUUUUUUUCUGUUUGUAGGUUUAUUAUAUCAUCAUUCCUGUCAUGCAUACAAGCAGUGGUGUAUACUUAUCUCAUAAUCAGUGGUGUACAUUUAUUUCAUAAUACUUAUUGUGUGUGUUCAUGUAUGCUUUUGUUCAUAAUGCAUGUGUGUAUUCUGAGAUGGUACACACACACUGAGAUUGCAUAUAUACAUGAACUGUUGUAAUAUUUAGAGAAUAGUACUAACACACACACACACACACACACACUCACAAAGCAUGAGAGAGAGAGAGAGAGAGAGAGAGAGAGAGAGAAGAGAGAGAGAGAGAGAGAGAGAGAGAGAGAGAGAGAGAGAGAGAGAGAGAGAGAGAGAGAGAGAGAGACUUGUGGUGAGGAAGGAGUGAGUUUUAUUGUGUGGUGAGGGACUGUGGUGAGUGACUGUGACACACACAAUGCAUCAGAGAGAGAGAGAGAAAGAGAAAGUGUUCUGUGGUGAGUGACUGUGGGUUUGUCCACAUACUGUGGGUCUGUGGAGAGAGAGAGAGAGAGAGAGAGAGAGAGAGAGAGAGAGAGAGAGAGAGAGAGAGAGAGAGAU